AUGGCCUUGACGAGCUGCAACUUUCUUGGCACGAUCAGCGAAAGCGCCACUGAGUUGGCGAUUCUUUCCGACAACCAAGACUCUCCUGCGUACGUCGAAACAAACUGCAACUUUUUGCUCCCUUCGAACCGAAUUCCUGGAUCGCGUCGUGGAAGUGUAUGA